CACCACGUCUGAUCCUGCGUUUUAGCCUCCGUGGGAUGGGUGGUAGGUUCCCUCCCUGAGGGCGGUCAGAGCGAUGGCGGUGGCAGCGGGGAUCACGGCCGCUGCGCCUCUUGCUGCUGGAAGUACGACCGCUCCGCGAGCUGGACCGCGAAACCGAUAUCGCCGCGCGAUGUCGGCCUUGCCGUCCGCGACGGUUAUGCCGGCGGUGACGGUGGCUGCGCCGUCUAUGCGGGCUUUCGCUCCUUGAGCUAGAACGGCUGGAGUGGCUGCUAGCGGAUGACGGGGCAGAGCCGUCGGAUGAGGUGGUAUCUGACCGUCGCCGAACCGGGGGAGGUGGAGAGCGGGACAGUCUCCGUGAGCUGUGGUGUGAGGGCCGGCCGUCGCGCUCGCGCGACCGUCGUUUAGAGCGAUGUCCUUGCCGGCGGCUGCGGUGUGAGCGGUUGGGUUCGUUCUCGCUUGCAGGGAAUGGGGAGCUCGAAGAACGGUGGUGGCCCGAGGCCAUCGCAGACUCUUGAUCCGAGGCCGUCGCAGACUCUUGGCCAGAGGUUGUCGCAGAGUCCCGGCCCGAGGCCGUCUCCAACGCUGACGCCGUCGCCAGCGACUGCAGGUGGACGUGGAGGCGUUUCGCAAGCGUCUGUUUCGUGCCCGUGGUCGAUAGAGAAGCUGCCUGCAACCGUUCCUUGAUCUCUGCAAUCGGGAGCUUUCCUAUCCGCCAGAGAGCGGGUGGACGCCUCGAAGCCAUUGUAGCUUGAAGUUAGCUAGUAGAAGUUAGCUUGAAGUUUGCCUAGUGUGCUCCCGUGUGUGCGCAGACUGGUCUUUUCAGUAGAGCUUACCCCUUUUCAGGCUGCAGCACCUGAGCCCCACCCUUCUUUGUGCAUGUGUUAACUAUGUUUACCUAUGCCUAUGUAAACUGUAUUUAAAUUGCAAUUAUGUUAGCUAUGAUCUUUUAUAAAGGGUAAUGAUGUAAAAUUCAAUGAGCAGGGUACCAGAAUCAUCAAUAAACUCCGGAUAUACCAGUAUCAGAGAAAUCAAGAAGGUUCGAAGGCAGACAUGGUCCGCUCAGAAGUGGGCGAAGUGCUUCUAACUGGAAAUUCUACAUUUCAUCCCUUUCCAAGUGCAUUAUCUUUUCCAGCGGGUAUACCUAAUGACGGGAUACCAAUUGAGGAUGUGGUGACAGUCUCAGUGGCUCUGACAGUGGUGUAUGUCAUUCUGGCCACCACUGGACUAGUGUUUGCUGUGGGAUGUCUACUCUUUAACAUCAUUUUUCGCCAGAGAAGAUUGGUUCGACUCUCCAGUUCUAACCUCAACUACCUGAUUGGACUGGGAGCUAUAGUUCUCUACGUCAAUGUCAUCACUCUCGUCAUUCCCACCACAAACGCAGACUUUGCUGCUAUACUGUGCAAUACCAAUCCUUGGUUGGUAUCAGUGGGCUACUCUUUGUGUUACGGGACUAUGAUUAUCAAAAUGAUCAGGGUCUGGGUCAUUUUCAAUAACAUACUGGAACUAAAAGCACUCAGGUGGAAUUGCAUCCUCUUCAAUAUUCCUCUGCACCCACUGCUCCGAGACAACCUGCUGGGACUGUUCAUUCUAUGUCUGACCAUCAUAGACGUUUUUAUUUUGCUACUGUUCACUGUGACUGAGGGAGUGAGAGGCAACCUUGGAGUAAAACUCACCACUAACCAAGAGCUACCUGAAGAGACCAUUGGUGCAACCGCAGAAUAUCACAAGUACUUUCUCUAUGUCUGUGAAUCUGAUGGGGCAAGUUGUCCUCUACGCAAUUCUGUUUGGAUACAAAGGGCAUUCUGCAAAGUCCUGGCUCUGCUCCUGGCUUUCCGUACUCGCAAUGUGAAGGUGAAGGGUCUGGAUGACUCUGUGUACAUUGCUGCCUCUGUGUACGUCACAAGUAUUGUGUUGACUGUCAUCAUUGUCUCCACCUACACUCUGAGGGACUAUGUGAAUGCCUACCCAGCUGUGGUGGGAAUGGGGUUACUGCUGGGAACCACCAUGAUCCUCGGACUUGUCUUCAUACCAAGGAUGGUAGGGCUCUACAAAGACCCCAAAGGAGAUACAAUCAAUACAGUUAGAACAAGGGAAGACAGGUCUCAGAACUUUGGAAGUAGCAAUGAUAGAGAGCUGAAGACACUUCGUCGCAGGGUCACUGAACUUGAAAUAACCCUCAAAAAACAUGAAUCUGAGACUUUCUCUCUCAACCGUCUUCCUAGUGUUGUGGAGGGAGCUGAAGAAGCUGUGUCAUACUCUAGCUAGCAGCAAUAGAAAAAAACAGGAAUGUCAAUAACAUAUUUCAGCACUAACAACUGUCACUCUCAAAAAAGCAUUUUCUACAUCACAAUUGUUAUGGCGGUGUUAAAAAGUCAUUGAAUAAUUCUGUCGAGUAGCUAACGUUGUAAAAGAAAAACACUCA